AUGAAGUGGUGUCUAUGCUUUAGAGUGUCCAAGGCGUCGAAGGACGAAAGCCCGCUUGUAGAUAUGCGUAACGACAUAGAAGCAAGCAAAGGAAUCGGUGCGGAACACGCUGCGGAAGAUAACGAGGCAAAACAAAAUGGCGUUAGCAAUUUUUCUCCAACAGCUAAAACUGUAGUUGAUGACGGAAGUUGUGCGGUUGAGGUUGAAAAACAUCCUGGAAACAAACAACCUACGCGUGUAAUGGUUUCUGAUGUGGAUAGCAUACCUGUGACCAGAACGAAUAAGUCUAUCAAUGGACGGGUAGAUACCAAUGAAUCCGGAGUGCUUUAUGCAAGAGAACGUGAAAACGUACCCUUGCAGGAUAAAUCCGCAAGUAGCCAUGAUAUGUCGGGAAAUUCUGAAGCUGGUGGCAACACUUCUAUAAAAAUACGUGACUCUACCGAACAAUCCAAACCUAGCGCAAACGCAACCCGCCGCAUACUCAAUACGCCAGAAGUUGCCUCUACUGCUUCGUAUUCAGAUGUUAUCCAGGUUGAAAAUAUAAAGGCUCCCAUCUAUGUUGCGGACGGUGCGGCCCCGAGUGUUUUUACGGAAAUAGAACCAACUCUGGGAAAUGUAAACGAGAAUGAUGUUUCUAAGACAAUUUUGUCUAUGAAGAAUUCGGCGUCAGACGAGGCGAUCAAAUACAAAAAUACAGUAUUGUCCGAAAAUGCGAUAAAGGUGCCUCUCAAUAAAGGGUAUGAAUCAAACGAUGAACAUGCGGAAGACCAAACUUCAGAAUAUAAGAAGUGGAAUCUUUAUGGGGAGGAGCAUGUGGAAAUUGAUUAUAAAGGUGAGUACACACCUCCGAAAUUGAGCUAUACCACUGAAGUAUUGGAUGAUGAGCCUAUUUAUGCGGUCGCACCAUCUGCGCACCGCAACACCAACUACCGCGCCUCAGUGGUCAUGCGGCCAACAGAUAGCAUUUCUGGGGGAGUGCACGGAUCAAGAAAAGGAUCUGACGUAAAUCAAGUGGCGACUACAACAUCUGCAGAUUCGUUCCCAGGGAAGGAGCCUAAAGUUAAUUUGAGUGAACCAAAAGCCCGGCCCCCACCUCUGAAGCGAGGCUCUGCAAGGAUCCCGAUAAAACGCAAAGCUGCUAAUUUAUACUCACAAAAUCGGACAAAAGCGGAUAUUAAACCAACGCCUGAAACAGCCCUGAAAUUGCUGGAGAAAAUACUCACUUUGGAUGAGUCCAAAUGGAAAGAAAUAAUGAAAAUUCAGAGUGAACUAUCCGCUAUGGUUGCCAAAUAUCCUGAAGUUGUCUCUGCUUGUGACUCAUCGUCCCUUGUCCCAGCCGUCCGCAGAAUGGCAACAUAUGCCAAUAGCUCCAGGUCUAAUCUGUCGCACAGCGGUAUAACAUGCCUGGGUGACCUUUAUAAGGCGCAGGGAUUGAUGCUGAACCAGCCGCUUCCGGAUGUGUUAGAUGUUUGUGUGCGCAAAGCGUCCUCUGGAUCACCUGAAUUUAUAUGCACAGUGGCUAAUUCGGCGUUGGCCAAGAUUUGCGUUUCAAGCUCUGAUGCGAAGGCGUGCGCCAUACUUCUGAAGCUAUACAAAACGUACGUUUCUUGUGUAUUUAGUGUCACACCGAAUAGGAACAAGUCGGCGUCACUAACCAUUCUGAACUGCAUGCUUAUUCUGCUGAAUAGUAUGGGACCUAACGUAGGUAAACACAAAAUGCUUCCUGAUAUUUUCGACAUGGUUAUAAAUGCGAUUAAGGCGGGGAACAUCGAUGUGAGGCGUGCAGGUAAAAUGCUGAUAGGCCAAAUAAACGAGCACGUUGAUUGCUUAAAGUUAUUAAACAGUAUGCGAAAGGGGGAUGAUGCGAAACGUCUUAUCAGUGCUUCGCUGAGUAGAUAUGAUAAGGAAGAGAAAGAUAACUAUUUACGAAAGCUCACAACUGAUGUGGUUCAAUAA